CUACAACAGAGAAGGUCAGGAUGAUGCAGAACAUUCUUAACAAAAUCGUCGGUAGAAAGUACGUUGGUAUUCUAAGGGCGUGGGUACCAAAUAUGGUUGCCUGGGGAACAGUUGGCGGAGUGGCGCUCAUUCACUUCACAGACUGGCGAUUAGUUCUAGACUAUGUGCCAUACAUUAGAGGGAAGUUCAAGGAUGAGUAAAGUCCCACACAACUAACACAACUGACCAGAGCUUGGGAAUGGGCACAUGGGUGGAUUGCUAAACAACGCAAGCUUAAAGGGGGAUGCCCUGGCUCAACAAUCAGUCACUGAGGGCUUGUUAGGAGUUUGGACAACAGGAUGCACUCUGUAUAAAUGCUGUUCUUGAUUCAGUAUCACUUAAUGUGAAUAAAUCUUUGAUUUACCCCAGUGUGUCCAGGUAUACUGCAAAAUGCCAAUUAUUAAAAUCUUAUGGAUAAACUGCUUGGUGAGAGGUUUUUUUUUUAAAUUUUAUUUUCUAUUUUGUGUCCAGUGCUUCAUAUGCAAGUCUAGUAUGUUUGCAAUGAAUUUUGCAAUGAGCUGCAUUUACUUUUCUUUUGCAUGGAGCAGUUGUGAACGCAUAGAUUUUGUUGACCUGAUAUUUAUUAAAUGGUCAUGACUAUUUGUACUGUAAAAAUAGUGUGAAAUAAAAACAAGUACAGAAUGCA